CGCGGCACUAAUGAAAUGGUCAUCGGUGCUAUGUUGCUGACGGGUAACCAACUUAACGGUCCCAAAAAACAGCAGCAGCAGGAACAACAACAGCAACAGCAGCAGCAGCCAACAACGACUGCCAACAACAAUACAGGUGCAAAUCAGCAGCAUCAGCAGCAGACAACAGCAACCGCAGUGGGAUCGGGAUCGGCAGCAAACGCCGCCGGUUAUUAUGCCCUUGGUGGCAUACGAAUACCCAAGUCGCCAUCAUUUCACAGUGGCUUAGAUCAGCUGGCUGACGACGACGACGACGACGGCGUGGACGAGUCGAGAGGUCAAAGCGAUAAUAGCAAAUUCAAGUUCAGCAGCGUUGAGGAGCUAAAGGCCAAAUUUGAGUUGCAGUCACGUAAAAUGCCACUGUCGCCACCGGAGGCAAGUGCCGUUAAUGUCACCACAGCAUCAUCAUCAUCGCCAUCAUCAUCAUCGACUAGCUCAAAUUCAUCAGCAUCGGCGCUGUCAUCGCUGUCGCAGGGUGCCUCAUCCUCGCUGGCUUCUGGCGCAGCUGGCUCCUCGGCGUCCAGCUCAUUAUCCGCGCUCACAUACGGCGGUGGUGCAAAUUCGGCUGCCGCAGCGUUAAUUGCAUCCUCAUCACCCUUUGGCUCACAAUCGUCGACAUCUUCGACAUUGUCGCUAUCGUCCACCACGACGAAUGUGCAACCAUCGACAACAGCGACUGCAGCUAUGUCCAAUGCAAAGAAUACGUCCAGCACAACAGCAAGUGGAUCAGGAGCGGGAACUGUGACGGGAGCUAGUGGCAGCGGAACGUCGCUGGUAUCCACAUUGGCACAACACUUCUCGGCGGUAACCACAGCCAGUUCGUUGCUGAGCACGGCAUCUGGGACAUCGGGUUGCUCAGCCAGUUCGACCAGCAACAGCUCUACUCAUUUCAUAAAUCAAAAUCACGCAAUCGCUAAACGCAACAAUAUCAUCACCCAACAGUCACCCGUGAGCGCCGCCGCGGCCAUUAAGAACAUAUUGAAUGCCACUAAAAGUGUUGGCAACAAUGCUGCUGCCUCCAGUAGCAGCACCGUCACAACCACCAACAACUCUACCACCACCACCACAACAACAACAACAACCACUGGCAGUAGCAGCAAUAGCAGCAACAGCGGCAGUUGCAGCAGCACCACCGUCACCACCAACACCACCAUCAUCAACAACAGCGAUGUGGGAACCGAGGAGCAGCUGCAGCUGCGUACAACGGUGGCACAGAAUCUGGUCGGUGGCAUUAGCAUAUCCUUGGGCAUUGGCCAGCGCAACGGCAAUGCGGCGACUGUGGCGGCGUCAACAUCAUCAUCAUGUGCAUCUGCAUCAUCAUCGAUGACUCUACGCCAAAAUGGCGAUGCCAUGGCCCACAAUCUGUCGUCGCCGCAGACCCUGCAACAGUUGACGGGCAGUCCAGGACGCGCACGCGAUCGGAAUCUGUUUCACUUGCCACCGAACGCAUCAACUGCGCUGGCUUUGCCGCCACUGCGAGAAACGCCAGCUACGGAGCGGGAGGAGCUGCUCCUGCAGAAGAUUCGGCAAUGCUGCACUCUGUUCGAUUUCUCGGAACCGCUGAGCGAUCUCAAAUGGAAGGAGGUCAAACGCGCCGCCCUCCACGAGAUGGUCGAGUAUCUGUCCAGUCAGAAUGGUGUCAUCACAGAGAUUAUCUACCCGGAGGCCAUCAAUAUGUUUUCAGUGAAUCUAUUUCGGACAUUGCCGCCCUCGUCAAAUCCCAAUGGGGCCGAAUUCGAUCCAGAAGAGGAUGAGCCAACAUUGGAAUCAUCUUGGCCACAUUUGCAAUUGGUCUAUGAGCUAAUUUUGCGCUUCCUGGAGUCGCCCGAUUUCCAGCCAAAUAUUGCAAAACGUUUUAUCGACCAUCAUUUUGUAUUACAACUGUUGGAUUUAUUCGAUUCAGAGGAUCCACGUGAACGUGAUUUCCUUAAGACUGUUUUACAUCGCAUCUAUGGCAAAUUCCUGGGCUUGAGGGCAUUUAUUAGGAAGCAAAUCAACAACGUGUUUUACAGAUUUAUUUAUGAAACGGAACAUCAUAAUGGCAUUGCAGAGCUGCUAGAAAUUUUAGGUAGCAUUAUUAACGGCUUUGCUUUACCGCUCAAGGAGGAGCACAAACAAUUUUUACUUAAGGUAUUGCUGCCAUUGCACAAAGCCAAGAGCCUCUCCGUGUACCAUCCGCAAUUGACCUAUUGUGUGGUGCAGUUCCUUGAGAAGGAUCCCAGUUUGUCCGAGGCAGUCAUAAAAAGUCUAUUGAAGUUUUGGCCCAAAACACACAGUCCCAAGGAGGUGAUGUUUUUGAAUGAGCUGGAAGAGCUGCUCGAUGUAAUUGAGCCGGCUGAAUUUCAAAAGGUUAUGAUACCCCUGUUUCGCCAGAUAUCCAAGUGUGUCUCCUCGCCACACUUUCAGGUGGCAGAACGUGCCCUUUAUUACUGGAACAAUGAGUACAUCAUGUCGCUGAUAACGGACAACUCGCAGGUCAUACUGCCCAUUAUGUUUCCGGCGCUGAAUCGCAACUCUAAGACACACUGGAACAAGACCAUACACGGACUUAUUUACAAUGCACUUAAACUCUUCAUGGAGAUGAAUCAGCGAUUGUUUGAUGAGUGCAGCAAAAACUACAAGCAAGAGAAGCAAAUGGAACGGGAAAAGCUAAGCCAGCGCGAAGAGCUUUGGCAACAGGUGGAGAGCUUGGCCAAAACCAAUCCGGAGUGGACUAAGUCGCGACGCUUCAGCGAUUGCCUGCAAAUGUCCGAUAGUCAAAUACUGUAUGAUCAAUACAAUGAGAAUUGUGAUCUAACCUACGAUAAGCUUGAUCAGUCACAGCAGCUGCAGCAACAACAACAGCAACAGCAGCUGCUGCAGCAAUCAAGGCCGCAAGCGGCUCUGAAGCAGCAGUCAAAUCAGGAGCCCAGAGAGAUUCGCGGUGGACGGAACAAGGAGAAGCCGCUGGUCCGACGAAAAUCCGAUCUACCCUCGGAUAGCGGCACCGUGCGCGCCCUCAUCGAGCAUAAGCGACCCGAUGAGUACCUGACAACGCCGCCUCCGGAUGCAAACAACUAUUAGGCCAACUCCCCUCUGCACCCCCCGUCGUUGGGCUGGUCCUCACGCUGGCACAGCCGCAAAUGCAAAUGCAAAUGGUUCUUUUUAGUGUAAACACACAACAAAAACACAUACAGAUAUAUACGCAUACACAAAAACACAAGAAAAACAAAUACGACUAUAUAUAUAUAUAUUUCUAAUCGAUGAUUAUUAUGAUAAGGGGGCUGGAUGAUGCUGAAUAUAUAUUGAUAAUGAUGAUGCUAAUGAUACUGAUACUGAUGAUAAUGAAAAGCUGGCGUAUCAGUUAUUGUUUGUAUGUUUUGCAUUGCCGUGGGGCCUUUUCGAGCGUGGCAACACACGAUUUCUAUAGAAUUAUUUACAUAUAUACAAAAUCAAAGCAAAUAAUAAAAAUAUACAAUAAUACCUAUAAAUAAAAGUAAUAAAGAAUUAAACAUGCAAAGUUUCAGCUAAUAAAGAGCUAAAGCCCCGAAACUUGAAACUUGAA